AUCCCACGCGCACGCGCUUACCACUGCUCUGAUCCCAUGUGCAGUGGAUUUAGUACGGGUAUGAGGACGACGACGAAAUGAUGGCGACCGCCGCAGAAGAAAUAUUUCAAAGUCCAUGUCCCAUUUCUGAGCGCUAUGUCACGACUAUGUCCAUCAAAAUUACGCGGAAAAACCAGGAUAAACCCUGGAAAUUGAGAUUAAUUUACCUGCAGUGCUAUUUUAUGUCAAUUGCAACCAUACUGGGAACUGGAAUCUUAGGACUUCCUGUCACAAUAGCACAUGCAGGACUCAUGCCUUUCCUGGUCUCCUUUAUAAUUGGUUUCUUUGUGCAGGCUCUCCUCAUAUACCUCUUUGUUGACCUGCUCCAGCGAUGCCAAGUUGUCCAGAUUGAGUCAUUGAAGACUACAGAGACAGAGCGAAUUCUAAUGCAAGACGUUGGAUUGGAGGAGCCUGCUCUCACUAAUACAGAGGAGGAAGAAGAGGAGGUGGAGGAUGGGGAAGAAGCAGACACGGGCCUCCUGCAGCAGGACGCGGCCAGACAGACUCUGGAGGAGAAGCUACAGCCUAAUCUCCAUGUGUUGGGGCUCCUCUUCCUCAGCAAGCCUAUGAGCCAUGCCUUCAACUUCAUCCUACUCUUCCAGUUUGUGUCUAUUGGGAUCAGCUAUGUCCUAGCUGGCAGUGAGGCCUACGCCGCUCUUCUACAUGUGAGCCAUAUCUAUGUCAUUCCUGGGUUUACCUGGACACUCUCUCUUGGAAUCCUGCUGGCUCAGAUGGUCAUUCAGCCAAUCACGUCGCUACUGACCCUCCUGAAAGGCAUCAUGCUGAUCAUCACAGUGGCCGUGACAUUUGCUUUGGGGUCAGAAGUUCAACAGGAGACCACAAAUGACUUCAGCCAAAUUGGUAAACCUUUCCUAAUGGGCACCGUUGCACUGGGAGGUAUUGUCAACGUGAUGCCUCUCCUGUUCUCAGAAAUAUCUCACAACAAGACACAGAUCAUGUGGUUCAGAAGAGUCAUACUGGGAGGACUAGCCACAUGCACCGUUCUGAAUAUAUUAUGGUGCUGGGCUGUUUUGGAGAUCGUCCCCCAGAUGUCAGUUCAGAGGGUUAUGGAGGAAGGUGUGGUGAACACUACCAGUGGUGUCGUCUCUGAGUCCUCUCCAACAGCCUACACCAUGGUCUACUCUAACAUCUCCCUGGAGGAGUCAGAGAAAGCAGGAGAGAUUGCAACAAUCCCACUGACAAAGAUAAUCAGUCUGAAGUACCGUCACUACUCGUGGGUGGCAGAGCUGAUCCAGAUUUUUAUUGCCAUCAGUAUAACAGUGUCCUUUCUGGUGAUGGGAUCUGCCAUGAAGCACACAAUUGAUGGCCUUGUGAACUCACACUGGAACACCAAGUUGGAAUGGAUGUCGAAGGUCUGGGAGAGGACAUUACCACAGAGCUUCCACAGAUGCAGUUCAAGAGGUCUUGCCAAUGGGCUCAUAUCUCUGCUUGCAUUUGGAAUCAUUUUUAUUGUCUCGUCGUGUGAUCCAAGGGGAUUUGUGGUGAUGUUGGACAAAGUGGUGUCUUUCUCUUUGAACACUGAAGUUGGGUUGUUCAUCUUUGUGAUGCUACGAGCCUCCAGAUCAGAGCGAUUUCAACACCUGACUGUGCCUCUGCCCGUGGGUCAGCGGGUCUUCCAACUCCACUGGACCCUGCCUAUUUACUUCAUGUUUGCUGUGGCCUACGAUGUUAUCCAGAGCAUCGUAGAGAUAGCAGAGCACAAUAUACAGCACUCCUCCCAACCUCUCCUCACCAACUAUUCUCUGAGCUGAGCACUACUGUGAACGAUGGACGGUAGCCUGGGAGUCGUGUGGCGGUGAUUACAAUGCUGUGUUAAUUUGCUUAUUCAUGGACGUCAUGCAGCUUCCUCUUGAACAUUAACAGCAUCAGGGAUGUCUCCUACGGUCAACUAUUUKAUGUACUGUAAUGGCUCGAUUCAAUCAGAUCCGCUUUGGUCAACAUCCGCAUAGCGGUUGUUUUGGCGGUGGCAGAUAUGGAACUGCGUUAGCUGUCAAAUCCAAAAGUGACUCCAGGCAUUACACCUAAAGUGGACAUUGCCAUUGGCUGCACGAAGUUGCUAUAACAUAAAUUCCAUGCAGCCUUGUUUACAAGUUUGAACACUGGAAUGUAGUCCACACCUUGAUUAAGAUUAUUAUUUAGUUUCAUGAUUUUCAAUUUGAAUAUAGCCUACACUUUCUUAUUCUGAACUUCUAAAGAGAUUUGGGCGGGUGUGGCUUUGUGACAAUGAUGGAAGAGCAGCUGCUCACCGAUUUGAUGGCUCGAACGCAGUUCCACCUUCGACAUCGCCUAAACAUCCGCUAUGUGGGUGUCUGUAAUCGCAGGUUAACACUUGAUCUGAAUUGAAUCUAGGUCUAUGUUUCGUUUUCAUGUAAUUGUUUUCAGAGGGCUGUAUUGAAUUACCAGCAGGCAUGCUAUUAGGGAGUCUUUACAGCUCAAUAUAUCCAUUGUUUAACAGCAUAACCAGAGAAUUUACACUAUUAUUUUAGUUUAGACAUCAAAUGUACAGACUGGUGCGUCAUCAAAACAGCCAAUAACUGGUAUGAUGCCACAGCAUGAUGUCUGGGAUCUCACUAUUGAAAAGUUGCCUACAGCUUCUUUCCCCACAAAUGCUAACAUAUGUAUUAUGUAUCUAACUAGCUUACACAUUUGACUUUGGGGUUUAAGAACAAACAGAUAAACAAGGGGAAAAUCCAAUAAAAAAAUGAUAUAUUAAUAUCAAAAUAUA